AACAGGAGUAAUCGAUAUCGCGAAUUUAAAGGAAUUUUUCAUACAAAAAGACUAGUGCUAAUAAAUUAAAAGUAAUAAUUGUCAAUUAAAAAUAUAUAAUAGUUGAUAAUUAAUAAUUAUUAAUUAAUCUUGAAAUGAAUAUGGAUUUUAAUGUGAAGAAACUUAUGAAAGAUGGUGUCAGGACAGCAUUUAAUCGAGUAGUACAGUUAACAGAAGAAACCCUCGGUACGUCAGAAAAAACAGAACUCGAUGCACAUUUUGAGCAUUUAUCAGAACGUGCAAACACCACUAAAAUGUGGACCGAAAAAAUACUUCGUGAUAUGGAAGCCAUGCUCACUCCAAAUCCCGGUAACAGAAUCGAAGAUUUUUUCUAUGAAAAAAUUGACAAGAAAAAACCAAAUCGCCUCAGUAAUUUGGAGUACGUUGGCAUUGAUAUGAUUGAGGCAGGAAAUGAAUUCGGUUCUGGAGUCGCUUAUGGCAGUGCCUUAAUAAAAGUUGGACAGUGCCAACAAAAAUUGGGUCAAAUAGAACGUGAUUUCAUUGGUACGGCAGCUAAUUGUUAUAUUCAGCCUUUAAGAAAAUUUCUUGACGGUGAAAUGAAGACAGUCAGCAAAGAAAUGCAUAUUUUAGAAAGCAAAAGACUUGACUUGGACGCUUGUAAAAAUCGUGUAAGGAAAGCAAGAAGUAUGAUUGGACAACAGAGUGACUCUGGUGUAUCACCAGAAGUUUUACUUGAUCAGGCAGAGAGGGAGCUGAGGAUUGCACAGUCAGAGUUCGAUAGACAAGCAGAGAUAACAAAAUUAUUGUUAGAAGGCGUCGCGAGCUCACAAGCCGGACAUUUACGUUGUCUCCAUGAAUUCGUAGAAGCUCAAGCCCGUCACUAUGCUCAAUGUCAUGCAAUAAUGCAAGAACUACAACGCGAAUUAGCUGGGGCACGUCAACCGAGUCCUCUUCUUCGAGUCAACAGUGAAGACGUCAUUGAAUUAACUCCUUCAUCAACAAACACACAAAAUUCACCCAGCCAACAAUCAGUGACAUCAAAUUAUGUAACAGCGACUUUUGAAACAGACGAUUCUUCAAAAGUAUAAAAAAAUAUCACUCGCAAUAUCUCCGGUCAUAUGGAAAAUAAACUAACUGUCUCUUAUCACUCAACGAAUUUGAAUCUCUACUUAUUUAAUUUUAAUUUAAAUAAUCGCUCAUAGUCAAUUAAUCUUGUCAACACAAUUAAUUACCAAUUAAUUACAUAGAUAAUUAAAUAAUUGAAAGCUGAAUAAAAUAAAUAUAUGAAUUUAUUAUUAAACGCUAAUAUAGGCUUUAAUAUUCCGUCGUAAUUGUUACUGUUGUUAUUUAAUUAUAAUUAUAAUUAUAUUAAUUACUCAAUAAAUAAAUAUAUAUAAAUAAUUAUUA